UCUUCAUGUCUACAAGUCUCGAAUCAUUUUAUUCUGUUUCUUAGUAUUAAAAAAAUAAUUGAUUGAUAACUUUAAAUGAGGUGUUAGUGGUGUUUUUUUAUAAUUCGGUCAUAGUUCUGAUUUUAUUUUUUAAUAGAAUAUGAGUGGCUACCGAAAAAAACUUAGUGGUGCAGAAUAUCGUAAAAGAAAAACAGAAGAAUCUGUUGUGCAGAUCUAUAGUUCUCUGGCUCUAUUUCUUCAGGACAUGAGAGACAGACAAUUUUCAGAAUAUGAAGGAAAAGCCAAAACACUAUCUGGCGUCCAAGAUUAUUAUCGUUAUGAUACUCGUCGUAAAAAAACUAUAAAAAUUCAGCCAGAUGAGUCACGGGUAAAUGAAAGAAUACCUUCUUCCGGACAAGAAAAUUUUCGCACAAAUGUUUAUUACCCUAUUUUAGUUACUCUGAGUGUGCAAUUGGCCGGACGUAAAAGUGCAUAUGAAAAAUUUUACGAUAAAUUUAAUUUCUUCGAUAAUUUAUCUGAAAUAGAUACAACUGAAUUAAAAAAUCUUGCCAAUAAAUUAGUCGACAAGUAUCCUGACGAUUCAGAAGAGACAUUAGGCAACGAAUGUAUUCAUUUACAUUACCAACUUGAAGAUUCUUCAGCAAAUACGGAAGAUGUACGCUCUGUACAAAAUAUAUGCAAUGUAUUACAUUCACGUAGUCUUCGAGAUGUUUACCCAAAUGUUGAUAUUGCUUUACGUAUUUUUUUGAGUAUUACGGCUACAAAUUGUUCAGGAAAAAGAUCUUUUUCUACUUUAAAAAGAGUAAAAACCUAUUUACGUGCCAGUAUGGGUCAAGAUAGACUUAAUGCUCUUGCAUUAUUGUCUAUUGAAGCUCAACUAGUCCAAGAAAUUGAGUAUGAUCCCUGGCAGAUUCGUGGUCACGAUAAAAUGAUCGUGAAACGACGGUGA